AUGUCGUCCAUUCAGCAGCUAUUCGGCCUCGAUGGCAAGACCGCUCUGGUCACCGGCGGUACUCGUGGAAUUGGACAGGCCAUGGCCAUUGCAUUGGCAGAAGCCGGAGCAGAUGUGCUUCUCGUUCAGCGAGACGAAUCGAACCAAACAACCAAGGAAACCAUUGAGAAACUGGGUCGCAAAGCUCAGAUCUAUACCGCAGAUCUCGCAUCAAAUGAAUCCAUGGCCGCACUCUUGCCCAAAAUCCUCAAAGAUGGCCACCAAGUCGACAUUCUACUCAACUGCGGCGGUAUCCAGAGACGGCAUCCCGCACAUGAGUUCCCGGACAAUGACUGGAGUGAGGUACUUCAGGUGAACCUCAACGCAGUCUUCACCUUGUGCCGUGAUGUCGGUGCUCACAUGCUAAGCCGUGAUGCCGACAAGUUUGGCCGGAGAGGUAGCAUCAUCAACAUCGGCAGUCUCCUCUCUUUUCAGGGUGGCAUCAACGUUCCAGCAUAUGCCGCUUCCAAAGGAGGAGUAGCACAGCUCACCAAGGCAUUGUCCAAUCAGUGGGCAGACAAGGGCAUCACAGUCAACGGCAUUGCACCUGGCUAUAUUGCGACUGACAUGAAUGAGGCUUUGUUGAAGGACGAGAAGCGGGCGGCGUCUAUCCUAGAGCGUAUUCCUGCAGGACGCUGGGGUAGUCCGGAUGACUUCAAGGGCGCCGUGGUGUAUUUGGCAAGCCGUGCCAGUGCGUAUGUGAGUGGAGAGAUUCUCACUGUUGACGGAGGAUGGAUGGGUCGGUAA